AUGGUCAAAUCAACCAGCAAAGACCUCCGCGUCGUCAUCGUUGGUGGUGGCUUUGCCGGCCUAACCGCAGCCAUUGAGUGCAAGCUACGAGGCAUGCACCCAAUUCUAGUUGAGGCAUACCCGGGAGCCAGCUCACACGGCGACUUACUCGACUUUGUGCGCAAUGCUGGCCGGGUGUUCGAAUCCUGGGAUAACGGCAACAUCGGCCGCAAGCUCAUGUCGGCAGGAGUCAAUUCUGCCAAGUACCUUGAGUUCUACAACGCUAAGAACGUGCUUCUGCGGAAGGAUCCCUGGCCGCAGGCGACAGACAAGGACUGCGUCUAUGCUGGGCACCGCGGAGAGAUGCACAGGGUUAUCUACGAGUACGCCAUUGAGGUGGGCGUGGAUAUGCAGUUCGGCAAGCGUGUUGAGAAGUACCUCGACUCGGACACCGAGAGAGGUGUUUUGAUCGAGGGAGGCGAGAAGAUCCUCGGUGAUGUCGUUUUGGCCUGUGAUGGUCCCCGGUCCUUGGCUCGCUCUCAACUUCUUCAGCUGCCCGAGUCGACGGUCAACAGUGGUUAUGCUAUCUUUAGGGCAUACUUCAAUAUUACUGAUGAGAUGCGCCAGCUUCCUGAGUUCGCUGAGAUGAUCAAGGAGGGCGAGGACAGCGUUAGGUUUUGGGCUGGCCGGGAUAUGCAUGGGCUGAUCUACAUAUGGAACAAUGGAAGGGACUGUGCCUGGGUUCUGACACAUCUCGACGAAGCGAAUAUUGCCGAAACGUGGUCCUUCCCCGGGAAGAAGGAGGACGUUGUCAAAUAUCUCAAAGAUGCCGGAUUCCCUAUAAUCUGGCACCAAGCCCUCGAGGCUACACCAGAUGACCGGAUCAUCGAUUAUAAGCUAGUCUGGCGGGACGCCAUCCCGACAUGGCUAUCUAGUUCCAAGAAAUCUGCGGUAAUGGGCGACGCAGCGCAUUGUCAUCUCCCAACAUCUGCCCAGGGAGCCUGUCAAGCAGUUGAGGAUGCCGUUACUGCUGCCAUCUGCCUGCAAAAGUGCAACGGCGAUGUGGCGGCCGGGUUGCAAGUGUUUGAGCGGAUGCGAUUCAAUCGGUCGCAUGUAAUUCACCAGGCGUCCAUUCUGACGCGCAACAUUUAUCACAAGAACGACUGGACACCUGAGCUGGUGCGCGAAUAUCCCGACUCUUUAAUCCUUCCUUUCUACCCUUGGGUCACCGAUUUCGACGUUUUUGCCAAUGCAGAGGAGCACUUCGAUCACUUGCUACAAGAUGUCACAAGCGGCAAACCUGGUACUAUCGAGCAGCUCGCCCUGCCCGCUGGGGGGAACUACGACGCAAUGUUGCUGGAGAAGAGAGCACCAGAAGGGAAGUUGGAUGAGCUGGCGCCUUCUAAUGUUAUCCGAGUUCAGUAG